UUCAUGUUUAGAAGCGCAGUGCUCUUGAGUCUGGGCAGAAUACUUUAAAAAUACUGCGCGUCCUUUAGACAAGAUAUUAGCGCUAGAUCUAUCUUAAUUCUUGACCCUUUGAUGGACUUUUAAAAAACAGUGCAGCGUUGUCUUAUCGGUUGCAGAAAGAGACCGGCAAACACAAUGGCAAAGUUGCUCGAGGCCCUUCUAGAAUUGCCGCAUGUACGAAUCAAGGACCCGGAUUAUAUGUUAAGCGUCUUUGAAGAGAUCAUUGAGGGCAACUCAGAGAAGCUGCAGGUCAUCUCCGACUUUGACCAGACCCUCACCAAGGACCACGAGAACGGCGAGCGCUGUCUCACCACCUUUGGUAUCUUCCACUCAACGCCACAACUUCCCAAGGGCUACAAUGCCAGGUCCGAGGCCCUAUACCACAAGUACCAUCCCUUCGAGGUGCACCCUGAGCUGACCGUAGAGCAAAAGACGCCUUACAUGGAACAGUGGUACAAAGACUCGGAGCAGUUGCUUUUUGGCGCAGAAGUUUCCAAAGAAGAGUUGAAGGGCCACAUUUACUCAUCAAAGACUUGCUUCAGGGAUGGCUCAGUUGAAAUAUUUAAUGCCCUGAAGAAAGCUGAGGUUCCUGUGCUUGUGUUCUCGGCUGGAGUGGGUGAUGUUGUGCACCAUGCCCUGGAGAAGCACGAAAUGCUGCUGGAUAAUGUACGCAUCAUCUCCAACUUCCUCAAUUGGAAUGACCAAGGCACACUUGAAGGCUUCCAGGGUGAUAUGAUUCACGUUUUCAACAAGAACCAGCGAGCACUUGCAGCACAUGAGGAGUACUUCUCCCUGUUGGCCCACCGACCCAAUGUCAUUCUGCUCGGGGACAAUGAGGGUGAUGCUGCUAUGGGUCAUGGUGUGCAAGACCCAAAGGCCAUGAUAAAGAUAGGCUUCCUCUUCCACCAUCCUGAGCAAAGAUUAGAAAAAUUCAUGGAUAUGUUUGACAUUGUGCUCAUCGACGACCAGACCAUGGAUGUGCCUAAGAAAAUCUUGCACCAUAUUCUCGGCGCACAUCACUUUGACUAACAAUAAAUGCACAAUUCCUUUCACAAAUUCCAAAGGACUGCAGGCAGAGUUGUGAAUGUUGAUUUACCAAAUUUCAAAUUAUAAUUUUAAUGCUCUAAGCUGUGACAGAGUUUAGCUGUGUCUCACUCACUCAAAGUAUUUAAAAAAUUGUAGAUGACAUGACAGUUUGGAAAUAAAUAAAAUCGUCCUUAAGAAUCCUGAAUUUUAUUAAUUAAAAA